AUGGCGCCCGGCGUGGAGGGGGCCUCCGCCACCGCCACCGCCUCCCGCCUGGCGGACCCUGCAGCCACCGCCCUGGAGUUUGGCUGGGUGCCCGCUGAGGCUGUGCGCAGCCUGCUGGAGGAUGUGGGCAACUUCAGGGCACGCGGCGCGGCCAUCGAGCUGCUGCACGCCACCGUGCUGGAGGUCGGCGGGGCGGUGGAUGCGGGCGCGGUGCGCGCCACCCUCUCCGCCUUUCUCGCCUUCCUGCUGCGUCUGGUGGGCGACCACAACUUUAAGAUCGCGGCCUCAGCCAUGGCCGUCCUGGAAGACCUGGCGGCACGGCUGGGCGCCGACCUGCAGCCCUACCUGGGCAGCCUCAUGGCGCCGCUCAUCGAGCGGCUGGGCGACGGCGUGCAGAUGGUGCGCGCGGCAGCGGCGCGCGCCGUGGCGGGGCUGGCCCUGGUGCUGGGCCCCGCACCGGUGCUGCAGGCGCUGGGCGGUGCGCUGGUGCACCAGCAGUGGCGGGUGCGGGAGGAAGGUGUCAAUGCCUACAUCGCCGCGCUGCUGACCCACGCCAAGGAGCGGUUUGACUACCCAGCCUGCGUGCACGCCCUGGCGGCGGCCGCCGACGACGACACCCCGCGCGUGGCGGCCGCCGCGCUCGAGGCCUUUGCGCUGCUGCACGCGCGGCUGGGGGCGCUGCUGCAGGGGCUGCUGACGGCGGUGGGGGCGGCAGAGGGGGUGAAGCGGCGGGUGGCGGAGCGCGCGCGUGCCACGCCGCAGCUGGGCCUGCCGACACUGGAUGCCCAAGGCCAGGUCCAGCACCAGGCGCACGCCCGGCCUCCCAGCGCACAUCGGCAAAGGCUGUCGGCAUCUGCCGCUGCAGCGCAGGAGCCGGCCGCUGCUGGCCCUCUGCAACUCGUUGGCACAGCCGCGCUGCCCUGCAGCGGCGCGCUGACUGGACAGCAGGCCUUGCCACUCGGCGCUGGAGGUGCCUCGGCAUUUAGCAGCACAGAGCUGCCCGUGGCUCCCGGUGCCGCGCCAGCGGCUCAGCCCGCCAGCGGCGGGGAAGCACUGGAGGUGCAGAAUGUAGCUGUCUUGCCACCAUACAGCCCGGCGGCUCCGGGCAGCUUGCAGCAGCGAGGCCACCUUGCAGCAUACUCGCCAGCUGGAGCAGAGGUUGGUGGCAGCAGCAGCCGUCUGUCUGGCGGCAGCUACGGCUACGGUGCAGCUGCAGCGGGUGCCUCUGAUGUGGAGGGCAGCGCCGCCAGCUGCGCCAGCAUGAGCAGCCAGGGGCCUGGCGCCUGCAGCACCGGGCGCAGCAGUACGGUGGCAGCUGAGGAGGGUGGGGAGCCUGUUGAGCGGUCAGAGGGCUCGCUCCUCAGCUGGGUGCGCCCCGCCCGGCGGCCCACGCAGCUGCAGCAGUCGGCGUCGGCGUCUCGCAGGGGCAGGAGCAUUACCGGCACCGCCUCAGCUGGCCUUGCUGCUCCAGACCUCUCGGCAGCAGCGCCAGCUGGCAGGGAUGGCGUCCGCAGCUUCAAGCGCCCCUCCAAGCUCACCCAUGCUAGCUCCGCCAGCCACAGGCUCCAGCCAGCCACAGGCCCCAGCCUCCAACCAGCAGCGCCGGCAGCCCCGCCCGCAGCGGGUGGGGCGGCGGCGACGGCUGCACCUGGCGCGGGCGCUGCGGGCGCAUACAAUGCUGAUCUGUACGCCAGCGUGCGCAACUGGCAGCAGCGGGUGGGGGGCAGCGGCAACUUUGAGGAGGAGGCAGCUGACAGCGACGGCGCGGGUGAUGGGCUGGCGGCAGGCACUGUCGAGGGUCGGGCCCCGUCGUUCAGCUGGCAGCAGCUGAAUGCGGGCGUCCCAGAUGCGGGACUUGGCGUGGAGCCCCGCUCAGAUUCGCUGCUGCAGUGGCGCCUGCCGGCCCGCGCAGCCUCCAGCCGGACGGCGGCAGGCAGCUUGGCGGCGCGCCCGCAGCCGCCGCUGCCGCCGUCGACCAGCCCUGCGGCACCGGCUGCCACCCCGCCGCUGCCCCGCAUCGGCAGCGCCGCGCUCAGGAGGACGCUGAGCAGCUUCAAGAAGAGGAUUUUUGGUGCAGAGGCGCCUGCAGCUGACGAGGCAGCGGUCAGUAAGGAUGCAGUGCAGCGGCAGCAUCAGCAGCAGCAGCAGCAGCAUGAGACUGGCAGCCCUGGCUGGUCCAUUGCAGCGGUGCGUGAGCAGCACGGCGCUGGCGCUGCUCCUGCGGUGCAGCAGCAACAGCAGCCGGUUGACCCUAUGUACACAGAGGAAAGCGCCUGGGGUGGCAGGCCCAGCCUGAUUGCAGCAGCCAUUCCAGACAGCCCCUCCCAGCAGCAGCAGCCUGACAGCCCUGGCUCCACUGCCGACAAGCUGAACCGGCUGAAGCGGCUGUCGGAGCGGCGGCGGGUGUCCAGCGCUCCCAUCACGGCGCAGCCGCAGCGCCAGCUGCUGCAGGACGCGGGGGACGGCCUGCAGCAGCCUUUGCUGGACGGCCUGGGGGCCGACGGCCCGAUGGCUGCCCCGCCAGGCGCCGCCGCACCCGAGGCGGGCAGCAGCGGCGCGGUGGGAGGCGCCGAGGGCAGCCCCGGCGCGCGGCCCUGCCUGCAGGCUCUCAAGGUGCGGGCCCGCACCGCGCGCAUCGUCGGCAGCCCAUCUGCCACGCCUGCCGCGCUGGGUGCGGCGGCUGGCAGCAGCUCAGGCCUUUACUCUAUGGAGGCGGUGGAGGAUGUGUUUGGGCCCGACCAGCCAGUCUGCAGCCCGGCAGCCGCGUGGUCGCCGCUCAAGACGGCCGGCAGCGGCGGCGGCAGCAGCCCAUCAAAGGCAAGUGGCUGCCGGGCAGCGGCGCUGUCGCGCAGCAGCACCGGCAGCAGCACGCAGUGGCCAGACAGCCCCACGGGCGGCAGUGCGUCGCCGGGGCGCGCCACGUGGCGGCGGUCGAGCUUCCUGAAUGCCGCCUGGGCAGCCGGCAGCCCCAAGGCGGGGCCGGCAGCGGCUGCCGACGGGGCGGCAGGCGGCGGAGCCGCCUUCAGCCCAUCAGCCGAUGCCUCGCCGCUGGCCCAGCCCGAGGCCGCGCUGCGGCAGUCGCUGGGCCAGAUGCAGCAGGCGGCGGUGAGCCAGGUGAAGGAGCUGGACUGGCAGGCGCAGUACGAGGCGCUGCGUACCGCCCGCCGCCUGGCGCGCCACCACCCGGGGGUGGUGGCCCCGUCCCUGCAUGCCCUGGUGGCCCUGGCGGCGCCCGUCAUCGACGCCCUGCGCAGCACGCUGUCUCGCAUGGCCAUAGCCAUCUUCCAGGAGCUGGCAGAGGGGCUUGGCCCCGCUCUGGAUGCCGAGCUGGAGGUCUUUGUGCCGCUGCUGCUGAAGCGGGCUGGCCAGGUGUCUAUUGCGGGGCGUGACAACUUCCUGGCGGUGGAAGCCGACCGGGCGGUGGCGGCGGUCGUGGAGCACGCAGGGGAGGCGCGGGUGGCGGCCACGCUGCUGAGCUGCCUGGCCGGCACCAAGUCGCCCGACGUGCGCGCCAAGGCGGCCAUGCACCUCGACUCCUGCCUGCAGCAGCACGGGGCGCGCCUGCUGGACUCGGCGGCUGGGGGCGGCGCCGCGGCCGGCGCGCUGGCGCCCCGCCUGCUGCGCACCGCGGUCGGCCUGCUGGAUGAGGGGCGGCUGGAGGCGCGCACAGCGGGCAAGCGCAUGCUGUGGGAGCUGCGGCGCCUGCUGGAUGGCGGCACAGGCGGCGGGGACGACUUCAGGCGGGCGCUGGCCAGGCUGGACUGCAAGACAGACAAGGUGUGGGACGUGCUGGAUGCGGAGUGUAUGCCGGCGCCGGCGCCCAUCCGCCAGCCCUCGGCAGCCCUGCGCAUUGUCGCCGCGGCGGCAGGCGCCAGCCCAGCGUCGCCCACGGCAGGCGCCUACAGCCCCGCCAGGCAGAGCGUCCCGACCUCGGCAGGUCCCCAGGUGGCACCUGCGGCCAGGGCCAGCAGCAGCGGCAGCCGGCCCUCCGCAGGCAGCUAUGGCGCGCCCGCUGCAGGCGCCACAGGCGCCCCGCCAACCACCAGCAGCAGCAUUGCAUGGGUGUCGGGCAGCAAGUGGCAGCCCUCGGCCCGGCCCGGCAGUCAAGCAGGAGGGGGCAGCAGCAGCGGCGCGCGUGCUUCCAGCGGCAAGACGGCCGGGGGUGCUGAGCGGCAGGGCUCGAGGCCCGCCAGCGGCAGCGCCGCACGCCCAGCCAGUGGGGGCACGUGUGAUGCUGUCGGGGGCCCGCUGCCUGUGGCGUCCCUGGCUGGGGUGGACCCCGACGUGCAGCAGCAGCUGGAGGCGGCCAGGGCGCAGCUGGACAGCCGGGAUUGGAAGGAGCGCGUUGCGGGGGUGGAUGGGCUCCAGGCGGCGCCGCAGCUCCCGCCAGAGGGGCAGCUGUGGGUGGCGUGUGCGCUGGCGGAGCCUGUGCUGGAUGCCAACCUGAAAGUGCAGCAGCAGGCUCUGGCAGCCCUCAACCGUGUGCUGGCAGCCGCUGGGGAGGGCCUGGCGCCGGCAGCCGCCGCGCUGGUGCCCGCGCUUUGCAAGUGCAGCGACAGCAGCAACCCGUCAGUGCGCCAGGGAGCAGCGGAAGCUCUGGACACAGCGCUGCGCAGCUGGGAUGCCUCCAGCUUCAUGCCGCCCCUGAUGGCCGCGCUGGGGUCUCCCGCCGGCGCCGCCCGCAGCAAGGAGGCACUGCUUGCCCGGCUGGUGGUGCUGGCCCCGCAGCUCUGGCCAACCCGCCCCGCCCUUGUCCGCAAGCAUGCGCUGCCGGCUUUGUUUGCGCUGCUGACGGCAGAGCGGCGGCCCGAGCUGCGCCAUAUGGUGCAGGGUGCGCUGGCGGCGCUGGCGCACUCGAUGGGGCCUGAGCUGGUGGCGGCGGCUGCCUCGCUGCCCCCUCAGCAGCAGCAGGUGGUGGCCGACAUAGUGGCCCAGCAGCGCAGCAGCAGCAGCGGUGCGCCGCGGUGA